GUAUAAGAUUAUAACAAUUUAAUCUACAAGGCUUGCUGCUCCGCUAAAAGUUGCUUGCAGCUGCGCGCACGUCAAUCCUUUUCAUCUAGAGCCUCGGCGCGAUGGCGCUGGGGUCACGUUCUUUGCAAUGCGCACAGAACCAUGUACGUGGCCGUAGCGAGCGUGGGGGAGGUCGGCCAUUCGUUGCAUCGACGGUCGCUCCGCGGGGCCGGCGGUCCUCCGUGCAAUGCUCGGCGAUUUUAGGUCAGCUAUUCAAGGGGGCUUCCGGCGCUGCUGCGGGCGCCGGCGUGGCGGCAGCGGCGCAGCCGGAGCUGGAGCCGGAGUUCCAGGCCUGGCUGAGAGGCCAGGGCAUCAUCACUCAACCUCUGGUGCUGCGGCAGUGCGGGCGCGAGGGCCGCGGCCUGGUGGCUGACCGGCCUCUGGGCCGCGGGGAGGCGCUGCUGCAGCUGCCCGACUCGCUGCUGCUCACGCCGCAGCGCGCAGCGGAGGAGUCCUGUCUGGCGCCGCUCCUGCGCCAGCUGUCGCCCGCGGGCGCGAGCACCUCCGCCGCCGGCGCGGCCGCUCUGCCGCUGCCCGAGUGGUCGCUGCUGGCGCUGUACCUGGCGGAGCUGCGGGGCCGGGCGGCGGCGGGCGACCGCGGCAGCCGCUGGGCCGCCUACGUGGACAUGCUGCCGCAGCGGCCUGGCACUGUGCUGGACUGGCCCGCUAAGGAGACGCGGCAGCUGCUGCGCGGCUCGCCUCUGUUGCGCCUGGCGGACUCCAUCGCCGCCGCCGCCGCCGCCUCUUGGGAGGAGUUGGCGCCGCUCAUUGCGCGCGGCCGGGCAGAGGGGCUGGUGCCGGCACACGUGUCGCUGAGCAAGGCUGAUCUGGACUGGGCUUUCGGUGUGCUCCUGUCGCGCUGCAUCCGGCUGCCCGGGCGCGACCAGCUUCAGGUGCUGGCGCCCUGGGCGGAUCUGCUCAACCACGACGUGAAUGCGGAGACGGGGGCGGCGGCGGCCGGCGCGGCGGGCUCGGGCGCCACUGGGUCGGGCGCCAGUGGGUCGGGCGGCUGCCACCUGGACUGGGAGCCGACGGCGCGGGGCGGCGCGGGGGCGCUGGUGCUGCGGACGGACCGGGCGUACGCGGCCGGGCAGCAAGUGUACGUGUCGUACGGCCCCAAGAGCAGCGGCGAGCUCCUGCUGUCGUACGGCUUCUGCCCGCCGCCCGCCGCCAACCCGCACCAGGACUACAAACUGCUGGUGGGCGUGAACGACUCCGCCGCCGCCGACCCCCUGGCAGCCCUGAAGGCGGAGGUGCUCGCCAAACACGGCCUGCCUCCCUCCCUGGAGUUCCCCCUCAAGCUGGAGGGGCUGCCGGCCGGCCUGCUCAACUACCUGGCCUUCGUGGAGGCGGCGCCCCAGGUGCCGCAGGAGCUGCACGACCUGGGCUCGUUGCUGUUCGAGGAGGGUGUGUUCCCGCUGCUUGACGGCGCCGACACGCUUGCGGCGGCGCUCAAGAGCCUGGGCAACCGCUGCACCGCGGCGCUCAAAGCCUACCCAACCACCAUGGAAGUGGACCAAGCCCUGGCGGCCGGCGCAGCGGCGGCGGUGGUGAACCGCUCACCGCGGGGGCCGCGCGGCCGCGCCUCGCCCACUGCUGCUACAGCCACUGGCGCUGCUGCUGCUGCUGCUGCUGCUGCUGCUGCUACUGCUACUGCCGGCGGUGACGGGCUUGUGACUCUGGGCACGGAGGAUGUGUCGGUCAGUGUGCUGCGGGAGGCGGCGGUGGCCGGCAUCCGGGUGCGCGAGCGCCAGAUCCUGCAGCGCACACAGGCCAGCGCCAUUGCCCAGCUGGCGGAGGUGAAGCGCGCCGCACGCAGCCGCCGCCGGUGAGGCGGUGUGUGAGAGAGGCGGUGUGUGGGAGGAGCCGCUGGAGCGCAGUCGUGGAGGCUGGAAAGCGGUGGCGGCGGAGCUGGGGACCUUGCUGUCAGGAGCCAGGAGUAGAACAUGCUCGCAAAAGGGAUAGAGGGAGAGCUGUGCCGCCUGUGCGGGGCUGAGUGGCGUGCCCGUGGGCUGCCCGGUAACGGCGGGUGGUGUGCCCGCCUGCUGCUGCGGACAGCUGCGGAGGAGAAGGAGUAUGCUUAGACAGCGGCGGUUUCUUGCACUGCUGGCCAAUGACCCGGCAGAGGCGAGGAGACAGGGGGGAAUGCCACUGUAUAACACGAAUCAGCA